GUGGGUCUGUUUUUUUUUUCCCUCAUACCCUUCCAUAUAAUCUAGGCUGAAUUUCCCAGGAUCAUUCUUCAUUCAGGGUUUUGUAAAAUAACUUGCAAAAAAAAAAAAAAUCUCAAGAUCCUUAAACUUAUCAGAGUACUAUGAAACAAGAAGAAAAGUAGCAGAGGAGUUAGGUUCUCGUGCUGGUGUGCAACAUCUGGCACACUUCUCACACAGUGCACACUAUGUAGUGCUCUAGUAUGCAGUGUGGGACAUGAGGAGGAUUGGAGGACUUUCUGCACCGCCACACUCUUCACUCUUCACUCUUUCUGCUUAUCUGACAGCGCGACGUUUUCCUGGAGCUUUGGACACGACAGACUGUUGAAGUGCACUCCAGCAUUGAUGUAAAUGAAUAUGUGGAGAUGGAUUUCAUGAAGCUGAUCGGAACUGUUUUGGCUGUUUGUUGUCAUCCAGGCUGCGCACUAAAAGGCUUCUCCAGUCAGCGCAUAUGCCGUCGGGGUACGGAGAGGCCGUGCUAUAAGAUUGCUUACCACCAGGACAGUGGGUACGGGGUGAGCUUUGAGGAGGCCAGGCGGACGUGCAGGGAAGACGACGGUGAGCUGCUCAGUAUUGAAACAGAAAGCGAGCAGAGGCUAAUGGAGAUGUUUGUUCGAGACGCGCCAGGCGCUAAAGGUGACUUCUGGAUUGGACUGCGAAGGAAUCAAGGUUACAAAGAGUCAGCGGCUGCAGAGUGCUCAUCACAGUAUUACUGGCUGGAUCACAGCCAGGCUACCUACAGGAACUGGCUGUUGAAAGAACCCUCGUGUGGUUUUGACCAGUGUGUGGCCCUGCACUACAGACCCAAUGCGCCUGCUUCUCUCAAGGGACGCAAUAUGUUCAAGUGGAGUGAUAUCAGAUGCAACAGCAAAAAUAACUUCAUAUGCAAAUAUGCAGAAGAAAUAGCUCCGGUUCCUACUCCUGUUGGAAAUUCCACUGCUCGCUCAGUGUCUCUUUCAGAUGAAGGCAUCAAUGUCUCCUACAUCCUCCUGGCUACUGUACCUGUACUGCUUCUGAUUAUACUGGUGGUCUCUGGGGUCUUCUGUUAUAGAGUCAUGGCUAGGAAGAGAAAGGAACAAAAUGACAUCUACGCUGUGCCUGGUCAAUGGGUGUCUACUAGUGGGCUGAAAAACAGCAGUAGCCCAGUCCCCAAGGAUGGUCCCAGCCGGAAUGGGGCCCAGCUAGAAUACAUGAGCUCAGAAAUCAGCAGAACAUUCAGUGCAACGGACUAUGAGAAUGUUCCGAGCAAUACUGCUGGUUUUGUCACGAAUGAAAUCUACGAGGCAUGUCGCACUCCGGCCACCAUGGAGGCAGGAUGGGUGGAUAAUGACAUUUAUGGAUACUGAACCUGUCCAGUGAUGGGACAAAAAUUUAAUGACUUCUAACCCACCUGGCUCGAAUUCAUCUCAGCUUCUUCAGUGUCUGUGCUUGGACUUUAAUGCAAUCUGUAUUAACCCAAUGUGAAGGACAUGGGAUCCUGUGAAUGCUCAUCCCCCAAGGUGGACAGUAAGCCCACUUCUCUGAAAUGGACAGUACAAAGAAACACAAAGGUGUCAUCACCUCAUAGCCACUUCCUCUGUGCACGCCGGUGUCCGGGAAGAAGACAGCGCACACGGAAACUUACACAAUAAUGCCCUGACCUUUCUGCCCAUCUGAACAACGUCCUGUCCUGUAUCUCCUGUUGAGGUCCACUUUGUUUUUCAGACACUGUUAAUUCUGCAGUGGCAUACCAGUUCAAAGGCAAAAUAAUGGCAGUUUUGCUUAGCUCGGAUAUUUUAAGGUGCUAAAAAAUCCUGUUUCCAAAAGCAUAAAACUGUCAAUGUUUCAUUCUUUUCCUGUUGUGCUUAAAAUUAUACUGAAUGAAAUAUCAUCAAAAAUAUCUCAUAACAGUUUCAUUACAAAUAAGAUAAGGAUUUCCGGAUUUCAGGAUUUACGCAUAUGUGGAAAUAUAUCCUGUUGGUUAUGUUUAAUACCUGUUACACUAUGAUUGAUCUUUUCCUUCCAAAAUUCCUUAUAACUGUUGGCCGUAUGAUAUGAGCUUACAAGAAGUCAGUUAUCAUCCAUUCUGGAUAGUGUUUACAGUAAGGUUUUAACAAGACAGCAUUGUCAACAUUUUGCACCUUGCUAGGACUCAGAUAAUAUUUGCAGCUAAACGUACGGCAAGCUUUUAAUGAUGAACUUUUACAUAUACAUAGCUCUCUUCAUACAGGCUGACUGUAUAGUAAUCAGUACAUUAUAUAUUUAUAUAACACCAAACAUGCUAUAAGCAUAUGUGUUGAAUGCCAUCAUAGCAUUUUAUUUAAGUUUACCUUAUGACUAAUAAACAAGUUAUUGGUGCA